AUGAACCUUCCGACAGCAACGGCGCUGUCCCGGGCUUUCCUGCUCCUCCUUCUUCUCCACCUGUUGCUGCUGGAAGGUCAUUCUCACCCACUGGGCCGCCCCAGUCCAGCCUCGGAAGUGCCUGGGAUACAGGAGCUGCUGGAUCAUCUGCGGGACAAAGUCUCUGAGCUGCAGGCAGAGCGGAAGGCCCUGGAGCCCCUCCAGCCCAGGCAGGGCCCCACAGAAGCCUGGGAGACCCAGGAGGCAGCCCCAGCAGGUGUCCUUGGGACCCACGAAAAGCGCCUUCAGGCCCUGCAGGGUCUGCGCAGACCCAAGAUGAUGCGUGACUCAGGCUGCUUUGGACGGAGGCUGGACCGGAUUGGCUCCCACAGUGGCCUGGGCUGCAAUGGUGAGCCCCUACCUGCCACCCUGGCUCUCCUGAUCCCCUUCCCUUGUGGGCCACCAUGA